AUGCGUAAGAACAUCGCCAUCAUUGCCGCUCUUUCGGCACAGUGUCACCAAGCCGUCGCGUCGGACAACUGCAGCCUGAGGGUCGAGAACUUUGUCAACCAGGGCCUGUCUCUGGACAUGGUCUCGUCACUCGUCAUCGGGUCCGAGGCUGCGGUCGUCAUCGACCUUCCACUGGCCGUGGCCCAGGCCAACCUGCUGGCGGCGUGGGUCAAGAACACGACCGAGAAGCCGCUCGUGGCAGCCUUUACCACGCACAACCACCCGGAUCACUAUCUCAGUGGCCGAGCCUUCCUGGACCACUUUCCCGAAGCCAAGCACUACGCAACAGCAGAAGCCGCAGCUUGGAUAGAGAACGAGGCCGAGAAGAAGACCGAAUACUGGUCGUCAGUCUUUGGGGAGGGCGUCAUCGCACCGAGCCCGGCUAUCCCCACCCCCUACAACCACUCGUUCUUUGUUCUUCCCGGCGAUGAAUCCUGCCCUGUGGAGAUCAUCAGCUCAGUCGGCGGCGACACGAUUGACGAGGCCAUGUUCUGGAUCCCAAGCAGCAAGACCCUGAUUGCAGGGGACAUUGUCUACGGCCACCAGAUGCACGUGUGGCUGGCCGACCUCCUGACCCCCGCUCUCACCGCGUCCUGGCUCGCGACCCUCGACUUCGUUGCCAAGCUCCAGCCGCGCCGAGUUGUCCCCGGUCACGCGCUGUCUGCAGACACCUUCAGCGCCGCCAAGGACGUCGUCCACACCCGCGACUACGUGACGUUCUUCCAGAAGAACAUUGAGGCCAAGGGCGCCGACUUCUACCUGCCCUCUGAGAUUUCGACUCUGAUCGACAACAGGUUUCCAGGUCUCCUGAACAUAUCAUCGUCGGCCACGUCACGCCAGCUCCUUAACAUCUCGGCCGAGAAUUUCGGCAGAGGAGGCACGAGGCAGAUUCACUACUUGGACUUGUUAGCCUUCAACGACACCAAGACGCUGGAAGGCUGGCAGCUGUAA